UCUGAAGAUGCACUGCAGGACCUGUGCUCUGGUGACCAGCUCCGGCCAGCUAACGGGGAGCAAGAGAGGCGAAGAAAUAGACAGCAACGAGUGCGUAAUCCGUAUGAAUGACGCCCCCAGCAUAAACUAUCAGCGGGAUGUUGGCCGACGUACAAACCUGCGUGUCGUGGCUCACUCCAGCCUGCAGAGGGUCCUGCGGAGCCGACAGCAGCUGCUUAACGCCAGCCAGGACACGGUUUUCCUCUUCUGGGGACCCAGCAGCUGCAUGAAGCGGGAUGGAAAAGGCCACGUUUACAACAACCUCCGGCUGUUAAACCAACUCCUACCAAGGCUUAAAGUCUACAUCAUUUCUCGGACCAAAAUGCUAAAGUUUGAUGAACUGUUUAAAAAGGAAACAGGGAUAGACAGGAAGAGCUCCAACUCCUGGCUUAGCACCGGUUGGUUCACCAUGGCGAUAGCCGUAGAGCUGUGUGACCGGAUCAACGUGUACGGCAUGGUGCCACCUGAUUUCUGCAGAUCCUCCUCUCAUCCCUCCUUGCCAUAUCAUUACUACGAGCCCUCGGGACCCGACGAGUGCUCCAUGUACCUGUCCCACGAGAGGAGCCGACGAGGAAGCCACCAUCGCUUCAUCACGGAGAAGGCUGUGUUUGCAAACUGGGCUCGAACCCUCAACAUCCACUUUCACCAGCCGGACUGGAAGCCAGCUGCCGUCAUGAACAGCUCAUACACUCCUGUUCCAGCUGGAUCCUGAGAAUCAGAUGAUCCCCAGAAGUGUGUGUGUGUGUGUGUGUGUGUGUGUGUGUGUGUGUGUGUGUGUGUGUG